UGUGUCAUAUAUUAUUGACUUUUAUUUUGAAAACCAGAACUUCGUAGGCAUGCAUGUAAAGCUCAAAUAGCAAGGCUACAUGUGAUUUUCUUUUUAAAAAUAUAUAUUUUCAGGACGUUACUCUAACGGCUGAGCUAAAAAUAAGUGUAAAUAAUCGGACAUGAAUUUCGUGACGCUUUGAAAAAACAUUUAACCUCAGAAAUACUAUAGAAUCUUGUUAGCAUCUUUGCUAGGCAUUUAACCUUAACCACUCACCAGUGGGUUAUUAACUUCCGGCCCAUGACUGAUUUUAUUAAUAAUAAAAGUAAGUAAAAAAAAAAAUUAAAAUAUUUAAUUUAGAAAUGGAAGCUGCAGGAAGUCUCAGGCUGUUUAUGUUCAGCGUUUAUAAAAAUUUAUCUCGACGUGCGCGCGCCUACCAGCGACGUUAUUGCUCAGCGCGUGCGACUCCAGCGGCUACCGUUACCGAUGAGGAGACCAGACUGAGGGAGUUUAAAACCAGACUGUGGUCCGGUCCGGGUUUAAGCGACUUUAUUAAACAUUCUUCGUCAAACAAGAAAAAGGUUCCUGAAGUUCAUGAAUAUGAAGAGCCAUAUCUUCCAGAAAACUCCACUGAAGCAAAUCUACGCAAAGUGUAUUUUGAAACAUACGGCUGUCAAAUGAACGUAAAUGACACCGAAAUCGCCUGGUCCAUUCUUCAGAAAGGAGGCUACCAAAGGACAGCUGAGCUCUCAGAGGCGGAUGUGGUGCUGCUCGUCACCUGCUCCAUAAGAGAGAAAGCAGAGCAGACGAUCUGGAACAGACUCAAACAGCUUGGAGUGCUGAAAAAGAAGCGGCCUAAAGCUGAUGCCCCGUUGAAAAUAGGAGUAUUGGGCUGCAUGGCAGAGCGACUGAAGACCGAGCUGUUAGAACGAGAGAAGCUGGUGGACGUCAUAGCAGGACCUGACGCUUACAGAGACCUGCCACGGCUCCUGUCUCUUGCUCACGGAGGGCAGAGAGCCAGCAACGUCCUGCUUUCCCUGGAGGAGACCUACGCUGAUGUCAUGCCAGUCCAUCACGCAGGACACAGUGCUUUUGUGUCCAUUAUGCGUGGCUGUGACAACAUGUGCAGCUACUGUAUCGUGCCCUUCACUCGCGGAAGAGAGAGGAGCCGACCUGUGUCCUCCAUACUGGAAGAAGUGCGCAGGCUCUCCGACCAGGGGGUGAAGGAGGUGACUCUGUUGGGGCAGAACGUAAACAGCUACAGGGAUACAUCAGAGACGCAGAUCAGCACCUCCGCUCUCAGUCGGGGUUUCAGCACGGUGUAUCGUAAGAAGCAGGGAGGCCUACGUUUCGCUGAUCUUCUGGAUCGAGUCUCCAUGAUUGAUCCUGACAUGAGGAUACGCUUCACCUCUCCACAUCCCAAAGAUUUUCCAGAUGAGGUAUUACAUCUGAUCCAGGAGAGGAAUAACAUCUGUAAGCAGAUCCACCUCCCAGCUCAGAGUGGCAGCAGUCGAGUUUUACAGUCCAUGAGACGCGGCUACACCAGGGAGGCGUACCUCGAGUUGGUGGAAAACAUUCGAAAGAUAAUACCAGGGGUCAGUCUGAGCAGCGACUUCAUUGCCGGUUUCUGUGGCGAGACAGAGGAGGACCACCAGCAGACGCUGUCUCUGCUCAGGGAGGUGGGCUACAAUGUAGGCUUCCUGUUUGCCUACAGCAUGAGGAAGAAAACACACGCAUACCACCGUCUCCAAGACGACGUCCCCACCGAGGUGAAGCAGAGGCGUCUGGAGGAUCUCAUAUCCGUGUUCAGAGAGGAAGCCGCUAAACUGAACUCGGCUCUCAUCGGGAGCACGCAGCUCGUCCUAGUGGAGGGAGAGAGUAAACGAUCACCGGAGGAUCUGUGCGGUCGGAAUGACGGCAACGUAAAAGUGAUUUUUCCCAGAAAGGAUUUGCCCUCUGAUCCCACAGGCACUAAUACUGCCCCAGUUAAAGCGGGGGACUAUGUACUGGUGAAGGUGAGUUCUAACCUUUGGGUCUUCUGUGUGCUUUUGCCUUUUUCUUUCCACAUCAGUAUUAAACAUGAUCUCCAUUAGCACUGGUGAAACUACUAGGUCAUGGCUGUGUUAUUUACUGUAUGUUGAUGUAGUGCUGGAGCGCUCUGUUUUCCUUUUAUAGAUCACUUCAGCAAACUCCCAGAGUCUGCGAGGCCACGCCUUCAGCCACACCUCCCUGAACUUGUGAGCAGAAUUGUAACAAACAUGACGUUGUAUGUUAAUAAGAGCUUUGUGACCUUAUGUGGGAUCAUUUGAUUUACAUAUCGGGUUGGCGAGAGAAACUCACAAAUCUCUUGUUUCUUUUGUUGUUAAUUUAUUUUAUUAAAAUAUUGCUGUAAAUAUGAA